GAAAACGUCUUCGUUUGCCCACGUCAGGAGUGUAAAUGCAGUGACGGGUUUUUUGCACAUUGUCAGGGUUUUAUAAGGCAAAAUUACGGUUAGUCAGCUCAUUUUGUGAAAGAAAGCAAAACAUCAAAACUCAUUGCUGUCGGAAAAUUAGCACAAAUGAAAGAUCACAGCUGUUGGGUAUGCUAGCAGGACAAGGGUUUUAACUUAAAGCUGUGGUAGAAGCAGCAUGGAGUUAUGUAUCGUAUCCGGGUGAAAGUUCUCUUGUCUAACAAACAGUUGAGACAACCAUGUACUUCCAGUUCCUUCCACCACUACUUGUGAGCUGCUGCUUAGUGAUCAAAUUACUGCUUUUGCCAUCGGCCUGGGGACAAGGUAACACAAGGAAGGAGUGGGCAGUUCCAGCUUCCGCAUUCCUGCGUGAUCUUUUGGAUCACUAUGGAGAGAACCAGACAUUGACAAUACAGCAGCUGAAGACCCUUCUUAACCAGCUGAAUGUUGGCACUAGUAACAGAAAUACUUCUGAAGUUGGGCUAGUGAGUAGCAAUGCUUCAAAGUGUUUUUCGUCUUCUGAUCUGCUUGCUGCUCACAACAUUAGUGAGGCUAAUCACAUUGAUGGAGCUAAAUUUAUGGAAUUCUGCCCAGCAAUCUUGCAGCAGUUGGAGAGUGGGAGAUGCCUAGCUGCAGAUCAGGAUCACGUGGGAAAGGUCGCCACCACGCUGGAAGGCAAGCCUUCAGCAGCAGAAGCUUGGGGUUUUGGGUUUGUCAGUGUCACUGUGAUAAACCUGGCCUCCUUACUGGGAGUCUUUGUUGUGCCCUGCACCAACAAACCCUUUUUCUAUCGUUUGUUAAUCUUCUUCAUCGCCCUGUCCAUUGGAACACUGUUAUGUAAUGCAGUUUUUCAGCUCAUCCCAGAGGCCUUUGGUUUUGAUCCUUUAGAAGACUAUUAUGUGCCUAAAUCUGCAGUGGUAUUUGGCGGGUUUUACCUGUUUUUCUUCACCGAAAAGAUUUUGAAGAUGAUUCUGAAACCAAAGUCUGGGCAUAGUCAUAGCCAUUACAGUCCUGAGAAUUGUAUCACUCAGUCAGACGUGGAAGAAGGUGUGACGGAGAAGUUACAGAAUGGAAAUCUCACUCAUGUGACACACUGCCAGAACAGCAGUUUAGAAUGUAGAGCCAGUGAGAGGGUUAUUACUGGCACCUUCUCUUCCCAGGAUGCACAGAAUCCGCCGAGUACCUGCUAUUGGUUGAAAGGAACUCAUUACUCCAACAUUGGAACUCUGGCAUGGAUGAUUACCUUGAGUGAUGGGCUACACAAUUUCAUUGAUGGUCUGGCAAUAGGAGCUUCCUUUACUGUGUCAGUUUUCCAAGGAAUCAGUACUUCAGUAGCAAUCCUCUGUGAGGAGUUUCCACAUGAGCUAGGUGACUUUGUAAUCCUUCUGAAUGCAGGCAUGAGUAUCCAACAGGCGCUUUUCUUUAACUUUGUCUCCGCCUGCUGCUGCUACCUAGGACUGGUUUUUGGUAUUCUUGCAGGCAGCCAUUUUUCAGCCAGCUGGAUUUUUGCCCUAGCCGGGGGCAUGUUCCUGUACAUAGCACUGGCUGACAUGUUUCCAGAAAUGAAUGAAGUCAGCAAAGAAGACGGAAAAGAUGGAACAUCACUUGGGACUUUUGCCAUUCAGAAUGCUGGUCUGCUAACUGGAUUUACAAUUAUGUCUGUGCUGACACUUUACUCUGGGCAAAUCCAGUUAGCGUAGACCUUGCUGACUCUCGCACUAACUUGUCUCGGAACACUUUGAAAUGUAUGCACAGGAACCAUCAUUGGACCAAAGCCUUUUGACAUAAUUGAUAUCCUUGGGGAAAUGCAAUAAAAUGUAGUCAUUCCUGUUUUACAAAGUAAUGGACUUUGUGUUUGAAUUGUAAAGCUUUUUAGAAUCUAGGACCAGUUGGAAAUUUAUCAAUUCCAAAUCUAAAAGGACGUGAUAAUGACAUCAUUCUAGAGCAAACCAUUGAGGAGGGGUGUGUACUAGCACUUUAAGACCAGUGUCCUGAAUCGAGGGAAGCUGGUGUCUAGGAACACAGUUUAAAUAAGCUCUGUACACCUCUUCAUUUCCUAAAACAGAGGCCAGUCUUUGCGAACGUAGCUUAGAUAAGAGGAGUUAGCCUCUUCAUUUCUUCCAGCAGAGGAGACUGGUGUCAAGGAGCACAGUUCAUAGUAUGUCUUCUCAUUUCCUAAAGCACUGAAGGUCACUCUCUGACUACACAAUUUAGAUAGUUUAAUUGAGCAAGCUUCUCUUUGGUAAUUUUUAUGGUUUUCAAUUUUUCUUACAUAGGUUGUCAGGAACCCUACACAGUUAGAUGCAGCAUUAAAUUUUCAGUUUUUAAUGUACAUCACUACAUAGUAGUGAUGGUUACAGCUCCAUGCAACUGCAAGUUGUUACGUCCUUCCUUUUCCUGUGUAAGUCUGCAACUCUUGCAUUUUUCUCAGUGGUAGAAUAGCUAGGAGUAUUCUUGUUAAUUUUUAAAGAAGCUUGUUGGAAACUUGGACAAAGCAUAGCAAGGAAAUAGCUUAGACUGAUUUGGAUUAGACAGUUCCCGAAGGAAUGAUGCAAUGUAGGGAAAUAUAGUAGAAUAGUAGAAUUCCAUUUCAAACAAAUGUUGUUUUGUAGUAUUAUGGGAGUUGAAAUUAAGCUGCUGAGAGUAUCACUAAAGUUUAAGCUGCAGCACUUAUUCAUUUUUCACUGUAUUGCAGCAAAGUUCUUCACCCAGAAGGCUCUGCAUUACAGAGGAAUAAAGCCCUGACUGUUACCCAAAUGACCCUAGGAUUAACUAGUAAACCAGCUGCUGGACAUGCUGAAAAGGGAGGGUAGGAGUCUUAGGCUUACACUGGCAGAUCCAUGUUGGGAGGGGGGCAGUCCAGCCCAUUAGAUUGUUCCUACCAAAUGGAGAGAUAACAUGCAGGUCAUGGGCAGGGAUGCAUUGUUUGACUGUGAGACGCCACAUCCACAUGGAAGGCUUCAGAGAAACUGGGCAGGAAUGGACACACUCAUAAUAGCACAUCUUCAUGUCUGUGAGCAUACACACCUGCUACCAAAGUAAGGACCAGAAAAAGAAAAAUCCCUCAUGACUGCUUGAUGAAGACCACAUUAUAGUAAUCAUUUGCACCCUGAUGGUCUGCGAGUAAAUAUACUCACAGUAGGGACUAAAUGCACAGCAGACAUUGGGAUGGGAAAAAAACAUUCAAAUAUUACAGUCUACAAUAUUCUGCCCUGUUUUGAAGUUAAAAAACGAAGGACAUAGAUGUAAAGUUCUAUGUCUAUGUUCUGCUAUGUUGUAGUACAUUAUGGCACUAGACAUUCUAGAGUUUCCAUCAGGUGUAAUGAGAGAUUCUGGGAUGGAAGGAGGGAAGAUUGGAUACCUACCUGAAGUCAGAUGCUGUCCCAAUAACCAUUCCAUGUAAUUCUGACAAAUGUUUGUGGCUGAAAAACUUUUACACAAAUAAAGUUAAAUCAUUUGCAUAGUUUUAAUAAGGUUUGAGGGACAAAUACACUGAUAAAUACCUUUAUGAGAAAACUGAAUUGCUAAGGGAGGUGUUUGAAUCCAUGAUGCAUUUGUCUAAUAAAAUAAUAUUUUUGAA